AUGGCCUCAGACAAUCUCAAAGGCCUCACCAAGGCCAUGCAGAAUCUUCAGCUGCCAAAGGCCGCCAAGAAGAGUCUCCCUGCUAUCCCGUAUGAGAUAAUCCUCCAUAUCUUCGAGGCCCUCAUCAACCUGGCCGACGACCCAGCUGUCACCCUCACGUGGUGGCUGACCUACGAACUCACAGCCGAUACCAAGCUAGUUGUCAUCGACAUGCAGCCUUGCCCGAAUUGCAAGUUGCCUCCUUUGAAGAGUCGCUUUGCUAAGCUCCGCCUGCCCUCCCAAGUCAACAGACAGAGCCGCGCUCUUGUGCACCGCCGGUUCCCACGCCUCUACAUGAUUGACGACGCCGGCGGCAUGGGGAAGCAGUAUGCACCGGUCCUGGCCUGGGUCCAGCCAGAGACGGACAGCUUUGUUCCGUUCUUUGGUUCUUACCAACUCGAGCACGCCAUGGCUGAGCACUGGUACAAGCAAGCCGUCGUGCUGCCCACCCCUGCGGGCUUCGAGAUGCUUCAACACAUCCAUCACCUUUGGCUUCCCAGCCUCGACUUCCUUUCAGGACUGAACCGACCCGGCCUCCGAGCACUCUUCCGCAUGCCUAACCUGAAGGACAUCACCGUCGACACCAGAGACAUUGUGGCAAAGGAUAAGAUCAUGCACCCCGGACGCCUUCCCAUUGACGGAGACUUGUUCCCUUGGCUCCAUGUCUGGUACCGCCAUUCAGCGGCCUUCAACCGCCUCUGGGCCGAGUUCAACACCCGAGGUGUCCGCCUCUACGCCGUCGCUGGAGGUGUCAAGAAGAAGGGUGUCGUUAUCGAGCUCUUCAGCACUGAUUCCGGCAUCCGCAUGCGAUACCUACACCCAAACUGCCCUUGCUGCAACCACAAUGCCCCCAAGUACAGCACCAUCUAUCACAGCAAAAAGAAGUGA